AAGGCAGAAUAACAUUCAUUUGUCAAUAUUAAAUUUUACAAACUGAAAUAUUUACAAUUUGCAAUCGAGUCUUAAUUGGCAGGAGCGUUUGUAAGUGAAAGCAUUUAAGUGGAAAGUAUCGAAUGAAAGACUCAAGACUAAGAAAUAUCCAAGCAUGAGCAACAGAAUUGGGCAACGUAGCGACCUAUCAUCGUCAAAGAAAAUAGAACCGUUGUUUUUAGAAUACUCUUUACUUGCUGAAUUCAAUCUACUGCAACGGCAAAAACUACCUGGAAUAUAUGUAAUACCUGCGGCAAAUUCACCUUCAAUCUGGUUUGGUGUAAUAUUCUUAAGACAGGGUAUGUACGAGGGAUCUUGCUUUAAAUUUACCAUUCAUAUACCCCCGAAUUAUCCGGAUUCCGAUUGCCCUAAAAUAAACUUCGAUACUCGGGUAUUUCAUCCUUGCGUGGAUCAACGAAGCGGUGAAGUGGAUGUAAAACGAGCAUUUCGGCAUUGGAGAAAGAAUAGAAACCACAUAGGAGAAGUAUUAAUGUACGUAAGGAGCAUCUUUUAUCAAAUUGAUUCAACUAAUCCCAAGAAUGAAGAGGCAGCGGAAUUGUAUGAUAAGAAUAUUGAAGAAUUUAAGAAAAGAGUUACGGAGUGUGUCCAACAGUCUCGUUCCUGUAUUUAUGAUCCACCUAGCAGUGAAGAUCCUCACGCUAUUCGUUUUAGUGAAUGGGAUAACGAGAAACACGCGGAAGCAAGAAAAAAACUUUUCAAUCAUUAG